GUGGGAGUUUGUUAGUGAACUGCAAUGGCUUUGACUGUGCUGAGAGGGCUUAUGAAUAGAGAUAUCUCCAGAGCAGCAAUAGGGCUGCGCAAAAUGGCAUCCGAGGCAGAGAAUUCUAUAUAUCAGUAUGAGUCACUGAAAGUCUCUCAGGUGCCAAACCACAUCAUUCACGUGGAAAUAAAUCGCCCAGAAAAAAGGAAUGCCAUGAACAAGGCAUUCUGGAGGGAGAUGGUUCUCUGUUUCCGAGCUAUUGCUGAAGAUGCUAGUUGCCGAGCUGUUGUCAUAUCUGGGGCUGGGAAAAUGUUUACUUCAGGAAUUGAUCUAUUUGACUUGGGGAGUGACUUUUUACAACAGCAAGAAGAUGAUCCAGCACGAAUAGCCUGGAAUCUGCGUAAGAAGAUUUCUGACUACCAGGAAACUUUCUCAGUCAUUGAAAAGUGCACUAAACCAGUGAUUGCUGCUGUGCAUAAUGCCUGCAUUGGAGGAGGAGUUGACCUUCUCUGUGCUUGUGAUAUUCGUUACUGUACCCAGGAUGCUUGGUUUCAAGUUAAGGAAGUAGAUCUGGGUCUAGCUGCCGAUGUUGGAACACUGCAACGUCUACCUAAAGUCAUAGGGAGUCGAAGUCUUGUAAAUGAACUGGCCUUCACUGCAAGAAAGAUGAUGUCGGAAGAAGCCAAAACUUGUGGCUUGGUCAGCCGUGUAUUCCCAGACAAAGCUUCACUUCUCAGUGCUGCGUUUGAAUUAGCCUCUGAGAUUGCCAGUAAGAGUCCUGUUGCUGUGCAGGGAACCAAAGUGAAUUUGGUGUAUUCCCGAGAUCACUCUGUGCAGGAGAGUCUGGAUUACAUGGCAUCUUGGAACAUGAGCAUGUUGCAGUCACAGGAUCUUCUUAAAUCUGCCCAAGCUGCCAUGGAGAAAAAGACCCCAAAAGAUGUGAUAUUUUCUAAAUUGUAGAUUAGAGAUCAGUACUUCAGGGAAGCUGUUCCACAUCCAACAAUACUAAAUACAGAUUUAUCAGUACACAUAUUGCCUAAAACUCCUGACAGAAAAGAUAAGGCCCAGGAUAUGUGCAGGGAUUAGCAGUCAAAGAAACCAUCACAGACAGUAGAUAAGGGGCCCCUUAAAUGAGAGAUAGAGGCACUGAAUGUGGAAAAUGUAAAUCCUCCAAUAUGUUGUGUUUCAAUAUAGAAACACAACUCCCUCCUUUUUUUAAAAUAAAAUUGUUUAUUUUAAAUUUUUCUAUUUUUUACUGAUUUAAUGGGAAACCUUGCUAAAUUAAUUGAUUCAGGCAUGGUGUAAGACAUUUUUACAGAACACGUAGAUGCCUGCACCAUGGGGUGUUUCAUUUAAUUACUAAAAUUAACCAGGAGAAAUUGGGCUGCUGCUUCUUCCUUACAAUUGAGCUAUGUCCAAGUGAGAUUCUAUGCACUUAAAUAUUUUCUGAACAAUAAAAUAUUAAUAUAUCAGUUA